UGUGUGAACAAUUUUUUUUUUUAAAUGAAAAUAAUAUCUGGAAAAUUUAAGCUAAUCAGAUAUUUUUUUUAACAAUUUUGAAAAAUCAAAGAAUAAUUGUCCAUAUCUGUCAGAACUUAAAAAAGAUUACUUGCUGCAGCUAGAGAGUAUUAGUAGAGGCAGUCCUCAUCAAUACCCAUUUAUUUCUGUUUCUGGAAAUCUUAGAAAUUGAUCAAUUAUUGAUUACUUUUAUACUUCGGAAAUUUGUAAUACAAUAUUUCAGAGAGAAUGGAUGGAGAAAUUAAAGAAAUAAAAAUGAAGAAUAUUGAGAUUAAAGAAAAGAUUGAGGAAGAAAUCCUUCCAUCCUCUACUGUAGAGGAUACAUGUACUUUAGAGGAUGCAUGUACAGUAGAUGAUACAUGUACUGUAGAGGAUACAUGUACUGUAGACGAUACAUGUACUGUAGAGGAUACAUGUUCUGUUUAUAUAAAGGAAGAAGACGUCAAGGUUGAAAUCAUGGAAGCCCAAGAGGUUGAAGAUAGCCUACAACCUGUUUCAAAGAAAACCUUAAAACGUAAACAUGAAGGAGUGGGAUUUCCUUGUGAUGAUUGCGAAUAUGUUGCAACUAUAGCAAGGAAUCUUAAAAGACAUAUUGAAAUUAAACACAUUGGAGUAAGAUAUUCUUGUGAGAAAUGUGAGUUCACUGCAACUACAGUUAGUGAUAUCAGAAGACAUUGUAAGAAUGUACAUGACGGGGUGAGAUAUCCUUGUGAUAAAUGUGAAUACAUUGCAAAUGUUGCAAAUAGUCUUAGAAUUCAUAUUGAGAGUAAACAUGAAGGAAAGAGGUAUCCCUGUAAUCAAUGUGAUUACGUUGCAGUUACAUCGCGUUCACUAAGAAGACAUGUUGAAAGUAAGCAUGAUGUAGUGACAUAUUCCUGUGAUAGGUGUAAAUACACUGCAACACAAGCAAGUAAUCUCACCAGACACAUUGAGAGUAAGCAUGAUGUAGUAAUAUAUCCAUGUGAUAAAUGUGACUAUACCGCAUUUUCAGCGAAAAGGAUUAAACACCACAUUCAGAGUGAACAUGAAGGUUUAAGGUAUCCUUGUGAUAUAUGUAAGUACGCUGCCACAAGCGCUAAUACCCUUAAAUGCCAUAUUGACAGUAAACACGGAGGAGUGAGAUAUCCUUGUAAUAAAUGUGAGUAUUCUGCGACUCAAGCAGGUCAUCUUAAAAGCCAUAUUGAGAGUAAACAUGAAGGAGUAAGAUAUCCUUGCAUUAAAUGUGAGUACGCAGCCACAACAUCAAGUGGUCUCCGAAGACAUAUGAAAAUUAAACAUGAUGGAGUUAGAUAUCCUUGUGAUAAAUGCAAGUACUCUGCAACAAGAGCAGAUCAUCUUAAACUACACAUAGAACUCAAGCACGGAGAAGUAAAAUAAUCUUGUAAUUAAUAAAACCACUCUUUAUUUUCCUUAGUUGCAGGUUUAAGACACAAACUGGGAGGGGUUUAGGUCCAAUAUAAGUGAUUUAAAUGAAAAUCGUUUAUACGAUGUAUUUUGCCGAAAGUUUUUCCUUAAGCGGCAACUUCCAAAGGGUAUUUUCCCAAGUGGCAACUUCCCAACUGUGUAUUCAGCCUGCGGCGUCUCAGAAGACUUAACCUAAAUGCAUUCUAGAAUAUAGAAUAUUUCAGAGAAAAUGGCCGAAAACUUAAAGGAGGAAAUAAAGAUAGAAAACGUUGACAUUAAAGAAGAAAUCCUUAUAUCCUCUACUGUAGAGAAUACAUGUAAUGUCUAUAUGAAGGAGGAAGAUAUAAAGAAUGAAUCCCAAGAUCUUGUAAAUAAGAGAGAUCCUCUUCCAUCUUUAGAGAAGAAGAAGAAGAAAUUAGAAGAAAAACGAUAUCAGUGUGAUAAAUGUGAGUAUUCUGCAACUAGAACAAAUCAUCUUAAAAGACAUAUUGAGAGUAUGCAUGAGGGGGUGAGAUAUCCUUGUGACAAAUGUGAGCACACUGCAACUGCUGCAAGUGACCUUAAGAAACAUAUUGAGAUAAAGCAUGAUGGAGUGAGAUAUCCUUGUCAUGAAUGUGAGUUUGCUUCAACCUCAGCACAGAGUUUAAAAAUACAUAUUGAGAGUAAACAUGUCGGGGUGAUCUAUUCCUGUGAUAAGUGUGACUACACUACAACAUCAACUAACUAUCUUAAAAGACACGUUAAGAAUAAUCAUGAAGGAGUGAAAUAUACCUGUGAUCAAUGUGAAUUCGCUUCAACUACAAUAAGGGUUCUUAAAAUACAUAUUGAGAGUAAACAUGAAGGAGUGAGAUAUCCCUGUGACCUAUGUGAGUUCGCUGCAACUAGGUCAAAUCAUCUUAAAAGUCACAAAGAGAAUAUACACAAAGGAAUGAGAUAUCCUUGUGAUAAAUGUGAGUACGCCGCAUCUGGCCUAGGCAAUCUAAGAAAACAUAUUGCGAAUAAACACGAAGGAAUUAAACAUCCAUGUGACAAAUGUAAGUUUGCUGCGGCUACAAAAAGUUCACUUAAGAAACAUAUUGAGAGAAAGCAUGCAAAAUGAAAUAUCCUUGUGACAAGUGGAAGUAUUCGGCCCCAAAAACAAUCCAUCUAACAAUCCAUGUAAACAUGAAUGAGUUUGAUAUCCAUUUAUUGAUUUAUCUACGAUGUAAUCUAUAUAUAAUAUACCUACCAAGACAAGCUGAAAGAAUUAGGCUUACCCUCCCUAGAGGAGAGAAGAAGAAGAGGUGACAUGAUACAAACCUGGAAAAUAUUGCACCAGCAUGAUGAUGUUUGCGAAAAAACCUGGUUUACUAGGUUAAAUUCAGCCUCUACAGUUAGCACAAGGUUGAAUUCAUCUAUAUUCAACCUGGAGAUGAAGAGAACAAACCUGGACAUAAGAAAAAACUUUUUUUCUAUUAGAGUUGUUAAAGGCUGGAACCAACUGCCUGAGGCAGUAAAGGGGUCCACGACCCUUUAUGCUUUUAAAAACAGUUAUGAUGAGCAUAGAAAUGCAGCCAUGGAUCCAGAACAAUAAAUGAUGACCUGACCCGCCACUUCAUUCUUGCAUGAUGCAGGACCUUGGCGGAGAAACUAUCAACGUAUCAACGUAUCAACGUAUUUAUAUUUUGCUUGCCCGUAUUUUUGUAACCGAUAAACGUUAAAGGGGCUAAACCGAUCUGGCCUAAUUUUUUUGUGGGGCCUCGCUUAAUCCCAGGCAAGGUUUAUGGAUGGUUAGAAAUGAGUAAAAUUGCCUUAACAAAUUUCGAUUUUUCUAAAUCCAUGAAAAAAAAUCGAUAAUUGUGUAAUAAUUAGAAGUUAAGAUUAAAGCCUUGUAACAUGUAUUUUGAUCGAUUUACGCUAAUUUUGAUUACUUUUUAUUAGAUUCUUUUUGCUUUAUUAUUAAAUCUUUAUAACCUUAGUGUCCAAUAUCAAGUUUAAUCAACUCUGAAAAGAUAUUCAAAAUCUGCGUGCAGAGAUUGCAGAUUGUUAUAAAGUUAAAUUCUGCACUUGUUUCAAUGGCUUUGAAACCCUUUACAAAUACACAUAAUUUAAUUAUUUACAAGUUUAGGUUUCUUUACAAUUAAAUGCAAUAUUUCAGA